GCCCCGCCCCCAGGAGCAGCCGGGAGGAGUCCGUUAAGCUCCCGGAGACCGGUGGAGUCCCCGAGCAUCGGCACGGAAGUAACCCCGAGCCGGAAGUGCCCGGGCCCGCCGGAGGAGGGGUGGGGGCGGGGAGCCGCAGGCACACGGCGGGCAGGAUGGCGGCUCAAAUCCCAAUCGUGGCUGCCACUUCUACCCCCACCAUAGCCAGGAACAGCAAGAAGAGGCCGGCCAGCCCAUCCCACAACGGCAGCGGAGGGGGAUACGGCGCCAGUAAGAAGAAAAAGCUGUCCGCCUCCGGCUUCGCUCAGGGUGUCAGCAUUGAAGCCAUGAAUGAGAAUAAAAUGGCGUCCUCUGAGUUUAGUUCUGGCCCUGUGGAAAAAGCUGCCAAACCAUUGCCAUUUAAGGAUCCCAACUUUGUGCACUCUGGCCACGGUGGCGCAGUAGCUGGCAAGAAGAAUAGAACCUGGAAGAACCUCAAACAGAUCCUCGCUGCUGAAAGGGCAUUGCCAUGGCAACUGAAUGAUCCUAACUGUGAGCUGUCUACGGCCUUCCACUUUAGUAUUGAUGCUCCUCCAUCUUUUAAGCCAGCUAAGAAGUAUUCCGAUGUUUCAGGCCUUCUUGCCAAUUACACAGACCCUCAGAGCAAGCUGCGGUUCAGCACCAUUGAAGAGUUUUCCUACAUUCGAAGGCUGCCGUCUGACGUGGUCACAGGCUACCUGGCCCUAAGGAAGGCCACGAGCAUCGUUCCCUGAGCCUGAGAAGUGGGGAUAAAGUGGGAACGGCCUCAAAAGCAGAUUCUGCACUUGUGAUAUUGUGUCAUGGAAACAGACGUGUUCUGCUGUCAAUCUGAGAGUGACAGCUCUGUGCCUUGGAAAGGAUGUCUGGCUUUACCGUAAGGGUCUUUCUGGUUCUUUUUUUCCUCCACGUGUGGCAUUCCUCUUUUAAGUCAUACUUCAGUUGUUGCCUCGAGUAAACAUUGUUUGAUAAGAAAAUACAGUAAAAUUAUGCAUUUAAAUUAA